UGUACCGGGAGAACCAGAGAGAGCAGCUCCUCCGAUAUCCCAGAGUGCCACGGGCGGCUCCUCCGAUAUCCCAGAGUGCCGCAGUCGCUUUCUUUGGGCCUGGGAGGAAACACCACUGGAAGAUGUAUGUCCAUCUCUAAAUGGAAGAGUGUCUUAUCCAGAGCGGGAGGCUCUCUUUCUAGCUCAUACACCUUGGGCAUGUUCCAAAGAGCCCAGAAGAAGGUUCCAGAACCACUGGGGCUCUCCAAGGAACGAGCCCAGUCCAACGACUGCAGAAACACAGGAUGGCCAUUCCCCCAGUUUAUCUCUCUCUUCUUUCCGGUGUUCCCCUACCGUUCAAGGCAGGUGGAGCAAGAAUUCCAGGACAUUGAAUUCAUUGCAAAAGGCUCCUUUGGACCGAUUUUGAAAGUCUGUCAAAGGACUGAUGAGCAGAUCUACGCUGUAAAGGUGCUGCUGAAAGCGGAGGUUGUUCGACAGGGAACCCUGCAGCAAUGCAAAGAUGGAGUCAUCAUUCAGAAGCAGGUCCACCAUCCAUUCGUGCAGAGUUUACGGGAAUGCUGGCAGACUUCACGCCUGCUCUUCAUUAUGUGUGAUUACCACAGUGCUGGUGAUCUCUACAUGCUCUGGAGAGCCUGUGGGCCGUUUGGCGAGGGCAGAGUGAGAGUGUUUGCAGCCGAGUUGGGCUCCGCCAUCGGGUUCCUCCACGAUUUUGGCAUUGUUCACCGAGAUGUGAAGAUGGAGAAUGUUCUUCUGAAUGAGCGAGGCCACCUCAGGUUGACGGAUUUUGGUUUGUGCCGUAGACUGUGCCGGGGAGAGAGGGCUUACACCAUCUGCGGAACCGUUCAAUACAUGGCUCCUGAAGUGCUGAGGGGCAGUCCCUACAAUCAUGCAGCUGACUGGUGGUCCCUUGGAGUCCUCCUCUUCGCUCUGGUCACUGGCAAGUUUCCUGUGGAGCCACAGUGUGAUCACAUCUCGAUGCUGGUUAGUGUGGAACAGGCUGACAUUGUCCCACCGAACACCAUCAGUCAGCACCUUGCCAUCCUAAUCACUGAGCUUCUGUGCAGUGACCCUUGGAUCCGCUUGCACCGUCUUGAUGUGUUCAGGGAGCACCGCUUCUUCCAGGGUCUGUCCUUCGAUCCAGACUCACUGCAGAAGCUGCCCCUGGAGAUGCAUCUUUCCACUGAGAAACAAUCGACUCAAGUCAAACCAGAUCCCAAUCCCUUCAGAGGCUUUGACUGGGAACUACCCAGAGUAUCGAGGCUUCCAUUAGCCGGAUAACGUGUGUCUCUCCCUCUCGAUUGUUCUGUCCAGCGUUUAUACGGUCACUGUACCUCACUAACUUUCUCUGAUGUUCAUGUUCUCUCACAUUCCCCCUCCCAUAAGACCAUAAGACAUAGGAGCAGAAAUUAGGCCAUUCGGCCCAUCGAGUCUGCUCCGCCAUUCAAUUAUGGCUGAUAAGUUUUUCAACCCCAUUCUCCCAUCUU